CAGCAGUGUGCUUACAUCAUGCUGAGACUAGUCUCGUUCUUAGAAGUUCCCUCAAUGCCCAUCUUGUUCGGUUCGGUUCUAUCUGUGCUGUUAUCCCGUUGUUGUGGCAGUACACUGCCAUCACUGGUAGCUUGUCGCAGAAAACAUGGAACCGACUAUAAAUCGGCAGUCAGGCAACCAACUUCACUCAUUAUCUUCGACUCUUCGAGCGAUAUUCUAUUGCGAAUGUUUUAGAAACCAAAGUUUCUGGCGGUCUAGUUUGACUUGAGCUUCAGCGCCUGACCCUGAGCUAAGGCCGCCGCACAAGAUUACGAGGUGAUAAUCCAAGUAUGUACUGGGUGUCACAUGUGUCGUGACUCGUAGAGGUCCCCAACUUCGGAUCCAUGAAUGAUGAGGUACCG